AUGCAAUUUGGUACAUUGUUUAAUGGACGUCUAAUAGUAAUCUUUUAUUAUCGUAGUGUAUUAGAGGAUAAGGCAGCAUUGGUAACUCGACCACCAGUUGUAACCAUCAUGGGUCAUAUUGAUCAUGGAAAAACAACACUUUUAGAUCAGUUACGCCACACGUCAGUUGCAGCUGGUGAGGCUGGUGGAAUUACUCAACAUAUUGGAGCAUUUUUAGUUAACGUCGCAGAAGGAAAACAAAUUACCUUCCUGGACACGCCUGGUCAUGCCGCUUUCACUUCUAUGAGAGCUCGCGGAGCUAACGUUACUGAUGUUGUAGUUUUAGUAAUUGCAGCUGAUGAUGGAAUUAAACCACAAACAACUGAAUCUAUAAAAUAUGCGAAAUUAGCUGGAGUACCGAUUAUUGUGGCAAUAAAUAAAAUUGACAAAAAAGGUACAAAUAUUAGUAAAGUUAAAUUAGAGUGUUUACGAAACGGAUUGCAAUUAGAAGAAUAUGGAGGAGAAAUUCAAGCUAUUGAAGUUUCUGCCCUGAAGGGGACAAAUUUGGAUAACUUAAUCGAAGCUAUAUUAAUACACGGCGAAAUAGCUAACUUGAGAGCUGAUCCUACAUCUACCGUAAAAGGAGUCGUUAUCGAAUCGAAAGUUGAUAAAGGCUUGGGGAACGUUUCAACUGUUUUAGUGGAACGUGGAACUCUGAGGAAAGGGCAGUUUUUAGUCAGCGGCUCUACUUUUGCAAAAGUCAGAUUACUUUUAAAUCACGCCGGCAAACAAAUUAAAGAAGCGUUACCUUCUCAUCCAAUCCAGGUUGCCGGAUGGCGGAAUUUACCUGAAGUAGGAGAUGAUGUAAUACAAACCAACUCAGAGCCUUAUCAUGUCUUGCCAUUGUUUUUUAAGGCUGAGUCUCGCGAGUUGAUAGAUAUUAGGAAUUUAAUAUUAAAAAGGCGUCGAGAAGAAGCUAAUUCGGUAGUAGCGCUUAAAAGGAAGCAAUCAGAAGGUGUCUUGAAAAACAAAAAUAAGGGAGAUUCGAUCUUGGAUACGGCCGAGGAGCAAAAUGAACUGCCUAAGCUUGCUAUUGUUUUAAAAGGAGAUGUCACUGGAUCCGUAGAAGCUGUUAUAGAAGCUAUACAAACUUUUAAAUCGAACGCUAUCGAGAUCAAGAUACUCGAAUCAGGCGUUGGACCUAUAGUUGAAAGUGACAUCGAAUUGGCUGAUUCUUUUCAAGGCAUGUGCAUUAUCCUAGGAUUUAACGUUAAACCAACGAAAGAAUCUAGACAAUUAGCCAAAAAGCUGGACACAUAUAUAUACUCUAGUAAUAUAAUUUAUAAUCUGCUGGAAAUUGUUAAGAAGGAAGUUUUGGCUAGAUUGCCGCUAAUCUCAAAGGAAGAAUUUGUAGGAGAGGCUAAUGUAUUACAAAUAUUUGAUAUUGGUGUAAGUAACCGUAAGACGGUACAAGUAGCUGGAUGUCGUAUCUUAGAGGGUGCCUUGCAGAGAAACGCAGUAUUUCGAGUUUCUAGGAAUUCUGAAGUUGUAUAUGAGGGUCCAGCUAAUUCACUGAAACAUCUGAAAAACGAUGUGGAUAUAGUUAAAAAGGGUCAAGAGUGUGGGAUUAGUUUCGGAAAUGCAUGUACAGUUGAAGAAAAUGACAAAAUAACUUGUUUUACUAUCAAAAAGACCGAGCAAACUGUUGAUUGGGAUUUUUAA